AUGACUCCACAAUCGAUUUCACCUGUACCUUCCACAGUCUCUUCCGCCGCAACGUCACAGAUCUUUAGCGACUUCCGAGAUGGAGAGCCCCAGGUGACACGUGCUCUCGCGGGCAUGAAUCUGUCCGACAUGAACGGGGACGCCCUCCCCACCUCCCCUGGGCCUGUCAAGGCUCCCAAACCAACCAUGGCCAACCGCAUCUCUCGUAUGUUCUCGAAUACCGGCAAGUCGACUUCUAAGGAGUCGGAUUCGCAUCGCGAUUUCUCCGAUAGCAGCUCGGACAGCAUUAAAGCAUCCUCCAACGGCAGUACGAAACAGUCCAAACCUUCGUCCAGACCUCCAUCGAAACCUUCCUCAAGGGCGCCGUCCCGUCAGACAUCUACCCGGGAGGACAACAACGAACGCAAGACCAAGUCCAGUAGUGGCAAGGACCAAAAGGAGGCUCCCGUUGCCCAUAGACGAUUCGAGGUACCCGGGGAUGGCACUCAUCUUCAUCACCUGAAGAGUGCCCGACGUCAAGAGAAACUGACCGACUUGCUCCGCGACAUGCUGGGUGGCGGGAGAAAGAAGGAAGAUCACGUCGAGGAACAGCAACUGUCUUUGAUGUCGACUUGGAUCGACCAAUUCAAGACUGAACGCGACAAGCUGGCUGCAGACAAGAAGGGUGGUCCCAAUGCCACGGCUUCGCUGGUCGACAAAUACGGCAAGUGUCAGGAGAUUGUCGGUCGGGGUGCUUUCGGCAUCGUCCGCAUAUCUCACAAGGUAGAUCCCAAAGACUCCAGAGUCGAGCAGCUUUACGCCGUCAAAGAGUUUCGCCGUCGGCCCCAGGAAACGACGAAAAAGUACCAGAAACGGUUGACGUCAGAGUUCUGCAUUUCCUCAUCUCUCCGCCACCCCAACGUUAUACAUACGCUAGAUCUCCUGCAGGACGCCAAAGGAGACUACUGUGAAGUAAUGGAGUAUUGCGCCGGCGGUGACCUCUACACACUGGUAUUGGCCGCUGGCAAAUUGGAAGUCGCCGAGGCCGACUGCUUUUUUAAACAGCUUAUGCGCGGCGUCGAAUACAUGCACGAGAUGGGCGUCGCCCACCGUGACCUGAAACCCGAAAACCUUUUGCUGACCACCCAUGGAGCCCUCAAGAUUACAGAUUUCGGAAACGGCGAGUGUUUCCGUAUGGCUUGGGAAAAAGAGGCACACAUGACUGCUGGACUGUGUGGCUCGGCCCCUUACAUCGCUCCUGAGGAGUACAUUGAGAGGGAAUUCGACCCGAGGGCGGUCGACCUGUGGGCGACUGGCGUAAUUUACAUGGCCAUGCGGACCGGGCGACAUCUUUGGAGAGUCGCCCGCAAGGACGAAGAUGAAUUUUAUCAGCGGUAUCUGGAGGGUCGCAAACAUGAAGAUGGUUAUGCUCCCAUCGAGACUUUGCAUCGGGCUCGUUGCCGCAACGUCAUCUACUCUAUCCUGGAUCCUAAUCCUUCUCGCCGAAUCAACGCCUCGCAGGUCCUUAAGUCCGAAUGGGUUCGCGAGAUUAAGCUGUGUAAGGCUGGCGAGGAAGGUUUUUAA